UCUCUCUCUCUCUCUCUCUAUACAUAUGUGUAUGUGUAUAUAUUUACAUGAAUUAAGUCAAAAUUUUAGUCUCCUGUCUUCUCUGUUACAGCCACUUUUUUGAUAUUUAUCUAGCAAAAAGAAACCAGGACACCAUCAAUUCAAUCCCUGCUGUAUAUAGCCUUCAUAUUCUCAUCUCUGCACAUAGCUUUUCUGUCUGUGAAGUGGGUAUUACCCCUAUUUACUUUUGAAAUGGAAAAGUCCCUUGUUGUUUUUCUUGUUCUCUCUUUUUUGCUCUUCAUUCCCCUUUUUCAUGGAGGAAUAGCCAUAGCUGAAAGAACCCAAGAUGGAACAGAAGAAUGGGGAUAUAUUGAAGUCAGACCCAAAGCUCACAUGUUCUGGUGGUACUACAGAAGCCCAUACAAAGUUCAAGAUCCAAACAAGCCAUGGCCAAUAGUUCUUUGGUUGCAGGGUGGACCUGGUGCUUCAGGAGUUGGAAUUGGGAAUUUUGAAGAGGUUGGGCCAUUGGACACUGAUUUGAAGCCCAGGAAUUCGACAUGGUUGCAAAAGGCUGAUCUCUUGUUUGUGGACAACCCAGUUGGCACUGGAUACAGUUAUGUGGAGGAUACAAAGCUAUUGGUGAAAACUGAUGAGGAGGCAGCUACUGAUUUAACUAAAUUAUUAAUGCUUAUGUUCAAUGGGAAUGAGAGCCUCCAAAAGAGCCCUCUGUAUAUAGUGGCAGAGUCCUAUGGAGGAAAAUAUGCUGUAACUCUUGGAUUGUCAGCUUUGAAGGCUAUAGAAGCUGGAACAUUGAAACUUAAACUUGGAGGAGUUGCAUUGGGAGAUAGUUGGAUCUCACCAGAAGAUUUUGUGUUCUCGUGGGGUCCUCUUCUCAAAGGUGUUUCAAGGCUUGACAACAAUGGUCUGCUGAAAUCAAACAGUCUGGCUCAGCAAAUCAGGGAGCAAAUUGAAGAUGGCCAUUUGAAAGACGCAACUGAUACAUGGAGUAAACUCGAAGGUGUGAUUAGCUCAAGCAGUAAUUCUGUGGACUUCUACAAUUUUCUAUUGGAUUCGGGAAUGGACCCUGUGUCCUUGACAGCAUCUGAGCUAUCACAAGGAAUUGCAAUGAAGCGAUACUCGAGAUAUCUCGAAUCCUUCAGGUUCUCUCCAGGUGGCAAUGGUGAUCUUGGUACCUUGAUGGAUGGUGCCAUUAGGAAGAAGUUAAAAAUUAUCCCUGAUAAUGUGCAAUGGGGAUGGCAGUCAGAUCUUGUUUUCACAUCGCUAGCCGGCGAUUUCAUGAGACCAAGGAUCAGUGAGGUUGAUGAACUCUUGGCAAAAGGAGUUAAUGUGACAGUAUACAAUGGACAACUUGAUGUCAUUUGUGCAACCCCGGGGACUGAAGCAUGGGUGGAGAAGCUUAAGUGGGAAGGGAUCAAAACUUUCUUGAGCAUGAGUCGAACUCCAGUCUACUGUGGGGAUGACAAAGUCACUAAAGGGUUCACCAAGUCGUACAAAAAUUUGCAUUUCUACUGGAUUCUUGGAGCUGGUCACUUCGUACCUGUAGAUCAGCCCUGCAUUGCAUUGAACAUGGUGGGUAGCAUCACACAGUCCCCAGUAGACUCUAACCAGAUACGCAAACAAUAAGCAUACACAUCGGGGGAGUGGGGACUCGAGGACAGGUUUUCUAUUAAGUUGGUUCGAAAUUCCCUUAUUAUAGGGUCAGUGAUGCGGAAUUGUCCUGGUAAUUCUAUCCAGCGACAUGGCAAUAUUAAUCUGGGUGUUUUAAGAGACGCGUUGCUUGUUUCAUAGUUACCAAAAAUAAAUGUAAUAAUGUAUUUUCAACAAUGUAUCAUCUAGAGGAACAUGUGCAUUGUACCAAAAUUGAAGUGUUUCAUAUGGAAUAAUUGCUU